CUCUCUCACAAACUACAGCUACCUCACUCUCCCCUAAUUUUACAAAACCUCAGCCACCAACCAAAACCCCACUUCAUUACUUUGCAACUUUCUGAUUCUGUCAACCAAUUCGAUUCUCGCCUCCGUUGGGGUCAAAGAUGGCGGGAAAGUCGAAUAAGGGAAAGAACCGUAAAGGGUCGCAGCAAAGUGCUGUGAAUCCAACAGAACUGCCCGUCUUUUCUGAUGCCCCCUUAGGUGAAAGCUCCUCCGCUUCAGAGGCUAAUGGAGAUAAAAGCUUGAGUGAAACAAUUGAAGCAAAUCCGGAGGUGAAGGAAGUAGAUGGUGCAUCAGAGCACCCUCAAGGGAAGCAAGCUGAGGUUCAUUUAUAUCCUGUUCCUGUGAAAACACAAGGAGGAGAGAAGCUUGAGUUGCAAUUAAGUCCAGGAGAUUCUGUAAUGGAUGUUAGGCAGUUUCUUCUUGAUGCCCCAGAGACAUGUUUUAUGACUUGCUAUGACUUGUUACUGCACACAAAAGAAGGUUCCGCUCACCAUCUUGAAGAUUACAAUGAGAUCUCUGAGGUUGCAGACAUUACUUCUGGGAGCUGCUUCUUGGAAAUGGUUGCUGCAUUAUAUGAUGAUCGAUCCAUCAGAGCUCAUGUUCAUCGAACAAGGGAGCUACUUUCUCUUUUGACCAUGCAUUCUUCAUUAUCGACAACACUUGCAUUACAACACGAAACUGGCCAAAAUGCAGCUAAUAAUAAAGCAGAUGCUGUGAAAGCUGAAGUGCCAGAACUUGAUAACUUGGAUUUUAUGGAGAAUGUUACCAGUUCACUCAAUAGUUUGCUGUCAUCUCCUUCCAAAGAGAUCAGAUGUGUUGAAAGCAUUGUAUUCUCUUCGUUUAAUCCACCUCCAAGCUACAGAAGGCUUUCGGGCGACUUGAUUUAUUUGGAUGUAGCAACACUGGAAGGAAAUAAAUAUUGCGUUACAGGAACAACAAAAACUUUUUAUGUUAACUCCAGCGCUGGGAAUAUUCUCGACCCAAGGCCAAACAAAGCUGCAACAGAAGCAACAACGCUUGUUGGUCUUCUGCAAAAGAUUAGUUCUAAGUUCAAAAAAGCUUUCCGUGAAAUUUUGGAGAGAAAGGCCUCGGCACAUCCCUUUGAAAAUGUUCAAUCUCUGUUGCCACCAAAUACGUGGCUUGGCCUGUAUCCUCUGCCAGAACACAAACAUGAUGCAGCUAGAGCGGAAAACUCUCUGACACUUUCUUUUGGAAGUGAAUUGAUUGGGAUGCAAAGAGAUUGGAAUGAAGAGUUACAGGCUUGCCGGGAAUUUCCACAUGCUACCCAUCAGGAAAGGAUACUCAGAGAUAGAGCUCUUUACAAAGUUACUACUGAUUUUGUCGAUGCUGCAACUAGCGGUGCCAUUGGAGUGAUUAGCAGAUGCAUCCCACCCAUUAAUCCAACAGAUCCAGAAUGCUUUCACAUGUAUGUCCAUAACAACAUAUUCUUCAGUUUUGCUGUUGAUGCGGAUCUUGAGCAGUUAGCCCAAAGGUGGGCAUCAGAAGAGCUCCCUAAAGUUGAAAGCACAUCCCCCUCGCAGAAUUCUUCUGAUCAAAAUGAGGAAAUUUUUUCACGGGCAGGUUUGAGUGGAUCUUCUGUUCCACUUGCAGGAACUGUGAAUGGCACUCAGACAUCCAUCGAUGUGCCUGCAGAGGCUCAGUUGCUUGAGAGUGAGCAAGCCACAUAUGCAAGUGCUAAUAAUGAUUUAAAAGGCACGAAGGCCUUCCAGGAAGCUGAUGUUCCUGGAUUAUACAAUCUUGCUAUGGCCAUAAUUGAUUACAGAGGUCACAGGGUGGUAGCACAGAGUGUGUUGCCUGGAAUCCUCCAAGGUGAUAAAUCAGACUCCCUUCUAUAUGGCUCUGUUGACAAUGGCAAGAAAAUUUGCUGGAGCGAAGAUUUUCAUACCAAGGUACUGGAAGCUUCUAAACGCCUUCAUCUAAAGGAGCACACUGUGCUUGACGGAUCUGGUAAUGCUGUCAAGCUAGCUGCUCCUGUUGAGUGUAAGGGCAUUGUUGGCAGCGAUGACAGGCACUAUCUUCUGGAUUUGAUGAGGGUCACUCCUCGUGAUGCAAACUACAGCGGCCCUGAUUCCAGAUUUUGUAUUUUGAGGCAAGAACUUAUAACUACCUUUUGCAAUGCUGAGGCAGGUGAUAAAUUAAGCUCUGGAUGUGAAUCACAUGAAGAGAAUACUGUCACUUCAGAUUCUUUGGGUGCCAACAAUGAAGAAGAAUCUGUGAAAUCUGAGGAAAAUCCAUUAUCAGCGACAAGUGAUGCACAGUUACAGGAUACCGAAGAUGGUGUAAAACAGAAUAUUCAAGAAUGUGGUUGCCACUCCAAUAAAAAAGAUGCAACCAAGGACAUACUGUUCAAUCCUAAUGUCUUUACUGAAUUUAAGCUAGCUGGGAAUCCUGAGGAGAUAGCUGCAGAUGAGGAAAAUGUGCGGAAAGCAAGUUUAUAUCUUAAAGAGGUUGCCUUGCCUAAAUUCAUACAUGAUCUUUGCACCCUUGAAGUUUCACCUAUGGAUGGAAAAACUUUGACUGAAGCACUUCAUGCACAUGGCAUUAAUGUUCGGUAUAUCGGACAGGUAGCUGAAGGGACUAGACACAUGCCUCAUUUGUGGGAUCUUUGUUCCAAUGAAAUUGUCAUCAGAUCUGCUAAGCAUGUUAUCAAGGAUGCCUUAAGAGACGCAGAAGAUCACGAUAUUGCGCAUGCAAUCUCACAUUUUCUCAACUGUUUUACUGGAAUGGUUCAGGUCGUUUCGGCCAAAGGUGUUGCAAACAGUCUGCACACUAAAAGCCACAAAAAGGGUCAAUCAGGUCAUCAUGCUUCAGGAAAGUCUUCAAAAGCACAAGCUAAGGCAAAAAGUGGAAGCUAUGCAAAAAAGCAGUCAUUGUUUUUGAGCUUUACCACAGAAAGUUUGUGGGCUCAUAUUCAGGAAUUUGCAAAACUCAAAUACCAGUUUGAGUUGCCGGAGGAAGCAAGGAACCAGGUGAAGAAAAUUUCAGUAAUACGAAAUCUUUGCCAAAAGGUUGGAAUGACCAUUGCUGCUCGCAAGUAUGAUUUCAGUGCUGCCACACCUUUCCAAGUUUCAGAUAUACUGAAUGUGCAACCAGUGGUAAAACAUUCUAUUCCAAUCUGUUCAGAAGCUAAAGAUCUCGUUGAAACUGGCAAAAUUCAACUAGCAGAGGGAAUGCUUAGUGAGGCAUAUGUUCUAUUUUCCGAAGCUUUCACAAUUCUUCAGCAGGUUACUGGUCCGAUGCAUCGAGAGGUUGCAAACUGUUGCAGGUACUUGGCUAUGGUCUUGUAUCAUGCUGGAGACAUGGCUGGAGCAAUAAUGCAACAGCACAAGGAACUUAUAAUAAAUGAACGCUGCCUUGGAUUGGACCACCCUGAUACUGCUCACAGUUAUGGGAACAUGGCUCUCUUCUACCAUGGUCUUAACCAGACAGAACUUGCAUUGCGUCAUAUGUCACGGGCAUUACUUCUUUUAGGUUUAUCUUCUGGCCCAGAUCACCCUGAUGUUGCUGCUACUUUCAUAAAUGUCGCCAUGAUGUACCAAGAUAUCGGGAAGAUGGAUACGGCCCUUAGGUACUUGCAAGAGGCACUGAAAAAGAAUGAAAGACUGCUAGGAGAGGAACAUAUUCAAACUGCAGUGUGUUAUCACGCUUUGGCAAUUGCAUUCAACUGUAUGGGAGCCUUUAAGCUUUCUCACCAGCACGAAAAGAAAACAUAUGAUAUUCUUCUCAAACAACUUGGUGAGGACGACUCUCGUACGAAGGAUUCUCAGAACUGGAUGAAAACUUUCAAGAUGCGUGAACUGCAAGUGAAUGCACAAAAGCAGAAAGGACAGGCUUUGAAUCCAACUUCGGCUCAGAAGGCUAUUGAUAUAAUUAAGGCCCAUCCAGACCUGCUACAAGCAUUUCAAGCUGCUGCAGUUGCUGGGAGUUCUAGUAAUGGUAAUGUUGCUGGAAAGAAAGCUUUCAAUGGUGUUGGGGUUGGUGAAAGCUUUCCUCGGGCGAGGGGUUUGGAUGAAAGAGCAAAGAAGAAAGCAGCAGCAAAAGCUCUUUUAGUGCGCAGGCAUGGUAGUCCUGCACAGGCUUCACCAUCUGGACCACCACCACCACCACCACCACCAUCUGAUGGUGCUGUAAACGAGGCUGCAAAUGGAGGGAAGAAAGAAACCAACCAAUCCUCAAACGGAGUUUUAAGUUCAGAAGGUCAUGAUACCAAGUCAGGUCAGCAAGAUCAGGCUCCAGUUGGAUUAGGCACGGGCUUGGCUGCUUUGGAUGCCAAGAAGCUGAAAACGAAAUCCAAAGCGAAAGCGGCAUCAGCAGCUGCUGAGUCAUCUAACUGAGCCUGGCUACAUUUUGAUUAUUUUUGUUAGGUGUAGUUUUUGGUCAGCCUGAAUUUUCACGCCAGCAAUUGAGUUAUACAUUCUGCUUUGAAGCAUGAUCAGUUUACAGAUACAUUUGAAACUCUUCCAAAGUUUAAUAAAUAUUCUAUGAAAGUUUUGCAUCUAGAGAGGAUUGAUUUCUCAGCAGUUGUUUGAGAAAUGUAAGUAUUUAUUUGUAGCUGCAUCAGAUAAGAGCUCUUCUGUAAUGAAAUAUUUAUGGAAUUCUUCCAUAAUCUUGGAAGUCCGUAUCUUCUAUGUUUAGAUUUGAUUUACUAUUAGAAUGAAGAGAGAAUGAAAUCCGUAUUUUUAGAGAUUA